AUGGUUUCGCUGUUGCUGCCUGGCUUCUUGCUGCUCCUGCUUUUCUGUUUGUGUCAUCGACCGGUGGGAGCAAAGAGACAAGAACCAGUGGCUUCACCUGAGAACGACAGCACUCGCCUCCGAGGCCUCUGGAAGCUGCACAUGAGGGACUCCCUGCUGAAAGGAAAAGGUUCCAGUCCUCAUCCAAUUAGAGAAGGGCCCAAGCAGCAGCUGCUUUACUGCCGUGUUGGGAUUGGCUAUCAUCUCCAGAUUCUGCCCAAUGGCUCAGUUGGAGGUGUCCACAAACCCACUGAGUACUCUUGGCUGAAGAUGUUUGCUAUGAAGCAUGGAGUGGUGGGAAUCAAAGGAGUGAAGAGCGGCCUGUACCUCUCUAUGAGUGGACAAGGACUGGCACAUGGAGUGGAGCAGUUCUCUGACAACUGCCUGUUGAAGGAGAACCUGGAGGAGAACCACUACACCACCUAUUCCUCUCUGUCUCAUCCAGGCAUCUACCUGGCUCUGUCCCACAAGGGAGACCUCAGGAAGGGCAGCAGUGUGGGCCGCCACCAGUCCUGCACUCACUUCCUGCCUCGCAGAACACCGUGAUCAGGGUCCAGUACCAGCCAGCUCAUUCAGUACUGGAGCCAUGUUAGGAAUAUGGCUCCAGUCUGGGACAGAACUGACAGGACGUGGCCUCCACACAGCAGGUCCAGGUUCAUUGUCACUGCAACACAUUUGCAUGAUGAGGAAAUGAAAUGGACCUCACUGCAACAGAGAACAGACUCACAGUCACCAGACUGUUAGAGAGAGCACUCUGACACUUAACUGAAGUCUUUGUUAAAAGUUAAGCUGAAACUAAACUUUGACGUAAAGCUCUCUGUAAUUUUUUUUUAAGUAUGUUUUUUGGGCUUUUUAUGCCUCUAUUUGACAGUAUAGUGGAGAGAGACAGGAAACAGGGAGGCAGAGAGGGGGAUUGACAUGCAGCGAAGGGCCGUCCGAUGGGGGAUUCAAACCGGGGCCAACUGCAGCGAGGACUGUAGCCUCUACACAAGGGGCGCCUGCUUAGACCACUACGCCACAUGAAGAAUAAAAUUGCAUCAGUCAGUUUUGACCUGGAAACAUCCUGAUUAAUAUGUGAUGAUCCACAAUAAUUCAGAAUAUCUGCUUUUUUAAGUUAUUUUUGCCUUUGCAGUGAGAGAGGGGAUGACAUGCAGCAAAGGGCCUUGGGCUGGACUUGAACCAGGCUGCUGCAGUAAGGACUUAGCCUUAGCAGUAUGCACUCUGCCAGGUGAGCCACCAAAUUUAAAAAAUGAAGUUGACUAAAAAUGUAUAACAGAGAAUUGGGUGAUGAUGUCAUACAGUACUUCACUCUUUUUAAACAGUCAACCAGACUGGGUCAGUUUUGACACAGGA